AUGAAGCAACUCACAUUCCUGGCAUUGUCCGGUCUGGUCUCUGCUCAAGCCGCCGGUUACAGCCAGUGUGGGGGAAGUGGCUACUCCGGCCCCACCACAUGUGCCUCAGGCUGGACCUGUCAGUACCAAAACGAGUGGUAUAGUCAAUGUGUACAAUCUGCUGCCGGGGGUACCACUUUGACAACAAAACCAUCGACAUCAACGACUACCGCCGAAUCCACUGCCACGACAACAAAGGCAACCACAACUGCCGCCAAUCCCGGUGCGACGAGCUUUGCUACCACCAAUGGACUACAGUUUGAGAUUGAUGGCAAGACAAGCUACUUCGCCGGGUCAAAUUCAUACUGGAUUGGCUUCCUUACCAACAACGAUGAUGUAGAUCUGGUCUUUGAUCACAUGGAUGAAACUGGACUGCGAAUCCUCCGGGUUUGGGGAUUCAAUGACGUGAACACCGUACCAUCUGCGGGGACUGUCUACUAUCAGCUGCUCAAGGAUGGAACUGCCACGAUCAACACUGGAGCGGACGGCCUGCAACGCCUGGACUAUGUGGUUGCUUCUGCUGAAGCCCGCAACGUCAAGCUUAUCAUCAACUUUGUGAACAACUGGUCGGACUACGGUGGCAUGGCUGCCUAUGUCACGGCGUUUGGGGGUAGCCAAACAAGUUGGUACACAAACACUGCAGCUCAAACGGCCUAUCAGGCUUACAUCAAGGCGGUUGUGUCCCGAUACAAGGACUCGCCUGCGGUCUUUGCCUGGGAGUUGGCAAAUGAACCACGUUGCAAGGGGUGUGACGUCUCCAUUCUUUACAACUGGAUCAAGACUACAAGUGCCUAUAUCAAGUCCCUGGACUCCAAGCAUAUGGUCGCUAUUGGCGAUGAGGGCUUUGGACUUGACACUGGGUCCGAUGGCUCCUAUCCAUACAGUUACGGAGAAGGCCUCAACUUUACGAUGAACCUAGCCAUCGAUGACAUCGAUUUUGCGACAUUCCAUCUCUACCCUUCAAGUUGGGGAACCACAAAUGAUUGGGGCAAUGGGUGGGCCACAUCCCACGGUGCCGCUUGUGUGGCUGCAGGAAAACCUUGCUUGUUCGAAGAAUAUGGGGUAACUGCUGAUCAUUGCGCGAUCGAGGCGCCAUGGCAGAAGACAGCCCUGAGCACCGUCGGCGUCGCGGCUGAUCUAUACUGGCAAUACGGCGACACGCUGAGCUCUGGGCUAUCACCCGACGAUGGAAAUACCUUCUACUAUGGCUCCAGUGAGUUCACUUGCUUGGUAACCGAUCAUGUUGCCGCCAUCAAUUCCUAG